AUGGUAGAGUCAGAGUGGCAGGAAAACAAGAUCACAGAGACAAAGAGCAAAGACAGGAGUGAGGGAGAGAGUGAGGGGAAGAAUAAAGGACAGCUCUCUCUCUCUGUCUCUCUCUCUGUUAUAGUGAAUAAACAUAAGCCGUGGAUUGAGACGUCGUAUCGGGGGCUGAUCACGGAGAACACAGACGAGGUUCUGCUGGAUCCUCCAUUAGUGGCCCUGGAUAAAGAUGCACCUGUACCAUACGCAGGGGAGAUCUGUGCAUUUCGAGUGUACGGUCUGGACGCCCCAUUUGAGGCGGUGGUUCUGAACAAGACGUCAGGGGAGGGGCAGCUUCGGGCGCGCCGUCCAAUUGACUGCGAGCAUCAGAGAGAAUACACCUUCAUCAUCCAGGCCCACGACUGUGGAGCAGGACCCGGAGGAACCGGAGGAAAGAGAUCUCACAAGGCGGUGGUGCAUGUGCAGGUUGGUGAUGUGAAUGAGUUUUCUCCAGUCUUCAGCAGUUUGGAGUACUCUGGCUCUGUCCUGGAGGGCCGGGUGUACGACAGCAUUCUGCAGGUUCAGGCCACAGAUGAGGACUGUUCUCCUCAGUACAGUCAAAUCUGCAACUACCAGAUCACCUCGGAGGACACGCCGUUCGCCAUAGACCGCAACGGUAACAUCAGGAACACAGAGAGUCUGAGUUUUGACGCUCGGUCGCACUAUGAGAUCAGUGUGACAGCGUUUGAUUGCGGUCAGAAGAAGGCGAAGCGCAGCGCCACCGUCCACAUCCACGUCAAACCCAUCUGUAAACCCGGCUGGCGGGGCUGGACUAAGCGUGUGGACUAUGAACCGGGUAUCGGCAGUAAGCAGCUGUUUCCCAAGAUGCACCUGGAGACGUGUGAGGGGGCGGUGUCGUCAGUGCGGACCACCGUGGAGCUGCAGACCAGCCACAUUGGGAAGGGCUGCGAUCGAGAGACGUACUCAGAGAAGUCUCUACAGAAGCUCUGUGGAGCCUCUUCGGGCAGCACUGACCUCCUCCCCGCCCCGAGCGCUGCCUUUAACUGGACGGCGUCUCUGCUGACUGACGGCGGGCGGGACAGUGACCUCAUUUACCGUUUUGAUGGACGGCAGGCGGCCAAUAUUCCGGACUGGAUCACACCGCAGAACCUUACGGACCAGUUCACCAUAGCAACCUGGAUGAAGCACGGACCCAGCCCCGGCCUGAGGGGGGAGAAAGAGACACUCCUUUGCAACUCAGAUAAAACAGAGAUGAACAGACAUCAUUACUCUCUGUAUGUGCACAACUGCAGGCUGGUGUUUCUGCUGCGGAGGGAUUUCACACAGGGAGAUUCAUUCAGACCGGCCGAGUUCCACUGGAAACUGGAACAGAUCUGUGAUAAGGAGUGGCACUACUAUGUCAUUAACGUAGAGUUUCCAGUGGUCACCCUAUAUGUGGAUGGUGUGACGUAUGACCCCUACCUGGUGACGGAUGAUUGGCCGAUCCACUCCUCUCAGAUAGAUGUCCAGCUCACUGUUGGGGCCUGCUGGCAAGGAGGUGAGGUAUCUAAGGCCCGGUUUACACAGCAUUUCCGUGGCAGCCUGUCCGGCCUGACGCUGAGGCCGGGGAAGAUCGAGAGUCAGAAGGUGAUUUCCUGCCUACAGGCCUGCAAAGAGGGACUGGACAUCACCUCACUGGAGAGCAUGGACAAGGGCAUAAAGUUCCACUUUAACCCGGCUCAGUCCGUGCUGGUGAUGGAGGGGGAGGAUUUGGAGCAGGUGAACACGGCGCUGAGGAAGGUCUCUUACAUCAACUCCCGACAGUUCCCCACACCCGGAGCCCGCCGCAUACACAUCUCCACCACAGUACAGUGUUUCGGAGAGGACGUGUGCAUCACCAUCCCUGAUAUUGAGGCAGUUGUCAUGGUAAUGCAGCCGAGUGAACCACGCAUCACCAUCACUGGCGCAGAGCAACUCAACACGCCAGCCUCUGACCUUGCUCUCGGCCUAUUGCUGUUCAGGGAUUUGCAUAUCUUCAGCACCAUUACCAAGAGCGAUGGGAUCGUCCCUAAUACAGAGCACAGGUCAGGGGUUUUAGAGGAGAUGGUCCACAACCUCGACUACUGUGACGUCCUGGUUUUGGGGGAGGAGUUAAAGAAGGGUCUGGAGAGUCUGCACCUGCCCCGCAGUGCACUACUGGGAAAACAUCUGGACUGCACCAACUCCACCACUGGGAUGUCCAUUUAUGGUGUGGACUCCAUGUCUCAUUACGCUCAGGUGAUCAGACAGGUGCGCUUCCAGAGCCUGCGGACAGGUAUGUCUGUGCGCAGCUUCAGAGUGAGCUGCUCCGAACUUAACGGACGAUACACCAGCAACCAGUUCACACUGCAGGUUAAUGUUCUCCACAGAGAAAAAGCAGUCAAACAUGUCAAUCACAUGGUGGCUCCGCCCAAAUACACACAACUUAUCCAUCAACCAAACAUACCUUCAAAUGGCCACAGCUCUGGUGUGGCCAACGCAGUGACCAUAGUGAUAGUGGUUUGUAUCGUCGCCCUGGUGGUCAUGGUGGUCCUGGGCGUCUACCAGCUUUACCUUACGCACAUGCAGGAGGACAUGGACCUGCACACGCUCUCCGAGAAAGAGAAGGACUUGGAUCUCUCUGCUCUCACCAUCACCGUGAACCCACUGGAGAGCAUCGAGGAGCUACAGCCAGCAGAAGAAUUAACAGAGGAAGAAGUGGAGGAGGACGAGGAGGACGAGGAGGAUGACAUCACCAGCAGCGAUUCGGACAGCGAUGAAGAAGGAACUACAACUCCCAGCAUGCAACCACAGACAAGAAUGCUGAGCAAGAUACAGUGGCCAAAAAAAACAUUGCACUGCUGAGAACCACUUUUACACAUUCAAACACACACACACACACACACACACACACACAGGCCUGCAAGCUGGUUGACCUCAGUGCGUAAAAAAGAAGGAAAAGAUCCACGAAGCACAAUUUUCCCUUAAAUAUGU